GCUCCAUCAGCAUCCAGUAUCGAACGAGCAGUUCUCUACUAACGAGCUACCAAACAGUAACCGUGCAGCAAGUGAUCGCAAUUCACACCCUCCCACAACCGCAUUCGCAAAGGUUCAAAUUAAAGUCACCGUCGCCAACCACCGGGGAAAAAUGUUCAAGUUUGUGUUGAUCGGAGCAGUGUUUGUGGCCGCCGUGUGUGCCGCUCCGGCGGACAAUAAGCCCGGCCAGCAGCAGCAGGGCCAGCAGGGCCGUGAUGGGCUGGACCAGGCGGAAUCGGCCUGGCCCCAACAGGCUGGCUGGAGUGGCCAGAACACCUGGAACCGGGAUCCGAACGCCUGGAACCAUCCGAAUGCCUGGAACCAUCCGGGAGCCGGUGCUUGGAAUGCGAACAGCUGGAACCGUGCCGGAUACAACAACCAUCCGGCCAACCGUUGGGGUGGUGCUGAUCCGUGGAACCGUUGGGGCGCUGGUGCUGGUGCCGCUGGAUGGAACAACUAUGGUGCUGGGCGUGCCGGUGUGGCCGGUGCUGCUGCCGGAUGGCAGGGAGCUGUUGCCAACCGUUGGAACGCCUGGUAAAUGGCGCUGGCGCCGGUUGAUGGUGUGAGACGCUAAGCCGAGAGAUGUCCAGUGGCCGGAGGAAUUCGUUUUGCACCACGCCAGUAGCCCUUCCCUUCUUUCAUAUCCGCUUUUCAGUUGUUCAAUAAAUAUUUCAAUCAGCACUAUA